AUGUCCCCUCACGAUAAUAUAGUUAAGUUUAUUAAUUCAUAUGUAAGCGAAAACAAUUUGGAUGAGGUUAUGAAAAAUGAAAUACCCAGAAAGUGGGAGAAAUAUGGAGAUUUUGUUCUUUUCGAUCAGAGAACGUUUGAAAGUAAUGUUUUGAAAUGUCAAGGAGAAACAUUUUGGAAAAAAAUUGCUGAAAUUUUAAAAUGUAAACGAUUAGCUGUAAAAAAUAAGAUUAAAAAUGACGGGUACAGAACUCCAAACGUUACGUUAUUACUUGGAAAUGACCCAUGGAUAAUGUACAAAGACAAUAAUAUAUUAUAUACGUGGAACGUUGAAAAAAGCAUGUUUUCAGCUGGAAAUGUAACUGAAAGACAUAGAAUAGCGUUAUUUAAUUGUGAUAAUGAGGUUGUCAUUGAUCUAUUUGCUGGCAUCGGUUAUUUUACAUUGCCUUACAUAGUUCAUGCAAAAGCAAAAUUUGUUUAUGCUUGCGAAUGGAAUCCAGUUGCUGUUGAAGCUCUUAGACGAAAUUUGGAACUAAAUAAAAUAUCGUAUAAAUGUAUUAUUUUAGAAGGAGAUAAUAAUUUGUUGUGCCCGAAAAAAAAAGGAAAUAGAAUCAAUUUAGGUUUGAUUCCCACUUCUAGCAGUCAUUGGAAAAUUGCUUGCGAAGCUUUGUUUUGCACGAGAAAACUAAUGAAAGGUUAA